UUGUUUGGCCUUUUUUAAAGCACAAAAUUAAAACAGGAAACUUUGAAAAUAAAAAACAUUGCAGAUAGGUUAAAAUUCCCUUAGUUAAUGGAAUUCCUUUAUUUAUCUCUGUCACAGACACCAUGGGAUUUGAAGAUGAAAAUAUUAGCCUUGUUGAAGGCCUAGAUCUUAACUCGAUUUUGAAUGCUCUUUUUAAUUACUGAAACCUUAGCUUGCUUUGUGUUUUCUUAAGUGAUCUGUCAAUUUUACUUUCCAAAUAGCCUGAUUUUGUAGCUCAAGUUGACACUUAAAGAAUGGUUUCGAUGGAUCCGGAAGACCUCCAAGAACUGGAAAAUUAAUCCCCCCAAAUAGUAACCACAUUAAAACAUCUAGUUUGUGGACAGAUACACAGUGGUAAAAUAGAUGAACAGAGAGCUCUUGGGACUGAAUGCUGAUAUGAGAGAUGUGAGAGUUUGCUAUACUUUUCCCAAUUAAAGCCAGUUUGAGGAAAAGAUGUAAGGUGUUCAUUCUACCAAAAUUUUGGAAUCUGUCUUAAUCAGCGGUGGGACGUUGAAGGGGGCGGGAAAAUGGGUGAUUUUCAUUUUAGUUUCAAAGUGGUUCAGUUUUGCCCUCAGGGAGCCUUUUGUAUCCUUAUUUUGUAAAUCACAGACUACUAAACCUGAAAUUCAGUUUUCACAUAUACUUUGAUAUCCCUACCAUGAGACAGCUUUAACUGCAAAUGACGGACUGUUACAUGAAAAGAUUCUACCUACUUUAUAUACUACUUACAUACACAACAAUAGAAAUAGCAUUCUGGACAGGUUUUAAUUUUAAAAAGUGAUCUCAGUGUCUCUCUACCAGGUUAUGAAAACAAGGAUUAAAAUGGUAUACCUUUUAAGGGUAAAGACAUCCAUAAAGUAUUUGACAUGUUUUAUAUUUGGCUAUGGUUUACCAAAGUAGUAGACUUGGUGGAUCUUAAAAAAAAAAAAAAUGCAGUUAAAACUGUAAGGAAACAUUCCAUGCGAGGUUAAUUCAGUUUCUUUAGCCAAAUUCAGUUGUACAGGCAUUAAAUAUAUUUAUAUUUUAUAUCUAUAUAAAGCAAGAGCACUUCCACACACUUGUAUGGGCAGUUGGAUUUGUGAAAUAAAGUGGCAUUGUGUUCAAGAGUUGUGACCCCUACCCUAGCUACACUUAGCUAGGGGAAAGGUUGCUGGGGGUUUGAAAAAACUUGGACACUUUGGAGGUGGGAUAAGGUGGGGGUGAAUGGGAAUGACUUAAGGUAUUUAACCAUUGGGGAAUCGUAUGGAAGUGAGGAGUAUAAUCAACACACAAUUUGUAUGGUUUGCCUUCCUCUAAUGCUCCUCAACAAGUCUGUGUACCUGCUGAUGCUUUCUGGAAGUUUGCUGUGCCUUCUACUAAAAGCCAAUGAAUCAAUGGGUAGGCAUUGCAAUUGAACUUGGGCAAUAGCAAUUCUUUUGCCGUGGAAGCCCUAACAAUAUCAACAUCACCACACUGACUGCACAAAUUUAGAUUCAGUGGUUUGUGCAUGUCAAAGAAAAAAAAACAACUCGACGGAAUGUCCAUCUCAUGAAGAGCAUCUUCGGUGCAAAUCAAAUCGUGGUUGCCAGUGUCAACUUCAACCUGACUUACAUGACUCAACUUGCUGCUUGAUCCAGUUUUUAUAUCAAUAACAAACCCCCAACUUGGUGCAUGUUUCACAUGCAGUUUAAAAAGUGGUUUGUCAUUAGCCUCAGAUGUGAAAAUCUUCCUAAGUCUUGUUUAUUAGGACUGUAAAAAAUUAGUCCUUUCCCAGUGUAACUUAAUAGAAAACAAAGGCUACAUAGAAUUCAACAUAUAAAAUAUGGCUGCUGAAAUUACUUUGGGCUUUCUGCCAGAAAUCUGAAUUCUGUUAUUUCAUGAAGCCUAGGCACACUAUUUUGAGUUUGUGUGGGUCAUGAAACAACACUUUUGGGUUCCAGCAGAAGACGAUGGUAUUUUCUUUACUUUUUUUUUUUUUUUUGACCACCUUCAACCUCAUUUUCUCCCACUUUUAAAACACAGUUUUACUACUACAUGAACCUGAAACAGCAUUGGGUACAAUAAUUACAUUAUGAUUGCACUUAUUUCCUUUCCCAGUAAUGGAGCUUGUUUUGCUUGCUCCACAAAUGUCAGUGUUUAAGAAAUUUAUUGGACAUUUGAGCUUCAUAUAGAUUAAUGUCAACCCAGUGAUAUUUAGUAUCAACCCAAAAGUAGGUCUGUAUUUGUGGGUUUGGAAAUUCAUUUGCAGACAAUUUAAAAAUCAUUUCCUUAUACUAAACUUCUCAGUUUCUUUUUAUUACUUCAGGCUCCUUCUACAGAGAAGCUCCCUGUUAUGUAUCUUAUGGAUUCCAUUGUGAAGAACGUUGGAAGAGAGUAUCUUACUGCCUUUACUAAAAACCUAGUUGCAACAUUUAUUUGUGUGUUUGAAAAGGUGGAUGAAAAUACUAGGAAAAGUUUAUUUAAAUUACGUUCCACAUGGGAUGACAUUUUCCCUUUGAAGAAACUCUAUGCCUUGGAUGUCAGAGUUAAUUCAUUAGAUCCUGCUUGGCCAAUUAAGCCUCUACCCCCCAAUGUGAAUACUUCUAGCAUCCAUGUGAAUCCUAAAUUUUUAAAUAAAUCGCCUGAAGAGCCUCCUACACCUAGUACGGUGGUCAGUUCCCCUGGUAUCUCCACGCCUCCAAUUGUCCCUGAUAUCCAAAAGAAUUUGACUCAAGAGCAACUGAUAAGGCAACAGCUGCUGGCAAAGCAAAAACAGUUGUUAGAACUUCAACAGAAAAAAUUGGAGCUGGAGCUGGAACAAACUAAGGCACAAUUGGCAGUUUCUCUUAGUGUUCAGCAAGGGGCAUCUAACAUAGUUCCUGGAUCAGCACCUUCCAAAUUACUUGUUUCACAAAUUCCACCUAUGGCAGUUAAAGCUUCUCAUCAGGUUUCUGUACAGCCUGAAAAGAGUCGUCCUUCCUCCUCUUCACAGCUCCAGGAUAUGAAAGUAACAAAUAGAGAUCCUCGUCUUAAUCGGAUUAGCCAACAUUCUUCUCAUGGUAAAGAGCAAAGUCACAGGAAAGACUUUCUAGUAAAUGCAAUGAAUCAGUCUGAUAUCAAGGCAAAUAAAUCUAUGCCUGCUGAUAAACAAAACUCAUCAAAGCAAGAAAAAAGUAAAUCAAGUGAAAAAAUCACAAAGAAAGAACUUGACCAAUUAGAUACUAAAUCCAAAUCUAAAUCUCCUUCACCUUUGAAAAACAAAUUUUCUCACACAAAAGAUAUAAAAAAUCAGGAAUCUGAAAGUGGUCGAGGGGUCCCUGAAAUGAGCAAGAGAGAUCCCCGAUUAAAAAAACACCUCCAGGAUAAACCUGAUAGCAAAGAUGAUGACUUAAAAGAGAAGAGAAAAUCUUCAGAAAAAAAAGAUAAAGAGGAGCAUGUGAAGUCAUCUGAACACAGACUCACUGGAGGUAGAAAUAAAAUUAUAAAUGGUAUUGUACAGAAACAAGAUGCUGGUACUGAAGAAUCAGAAAAACAGGGGACAAAAACAGGAAGAUCAAGUACUAGAAAACGAUCGCGAUCACGAUCUCCUAAGUCUCGGUCACCAAUCACGCAUUCUCCAAAAAGGAGAGAUAGGCGCUCACCUAAACGAAGGCAAAGGAGCAUUUCUCCUUCUACUUCUACACCUAAAACUGGAAAGCUACGCCAAUCAGGAGUUAAGCAGUCACAUGUAGAAGAAUUUGCACAAGCUUCUCGUGAUGAAAGAAAUUCUAAUAAAAGAAGUACUAAGCAGGACACCCGGGAUCCUAGGCGAGUAAAAAAGACUCAGGAAGAGAGACCACAAGAAACUCUAAAUCAGCAUUCUACAAAAUCAGGAUCUGAACCAAAGGAAAAUGUAGAAAAUUGGCAAAGCUCUAAGUCUACAAAAAGAUGGAAAUCUGGUUGGGAGGAAAAUAAAAGUUUACAGCAGGGUGAAGAGCAUCAAGGACUUGGUAAAUCACCUCAUCUAAGGCAUAGAGAGAGUUGGGGAAGUGCUAAAGGAAUUUUAUCAUCCCGAGCCCCCAAACAACAACAUCGAUUAAGUGUAGAUGCCAAUCUUCAGAUUCCUAAAGAAUUAACUUCUGCAAGCAAGAGAGAAUUACUUAAAAAGGCAAAUGAUAGUUUAACAUCUGGUGAAAUUACACAGGAUGAAUUCCUUGUUGUUGUUCAUCAGAUUCGUCAGCUCUUUCAGUAUCAAGAAGGAAAACAUAGAUGCAAUGUAUGGGAUAGUCCUACAGAAGAAAAUAAAGGUGGAUUAAAAAAGAAACCUCUCUUAUCUGAUGCUGAAUUAACAUAUUAUGAGCAUAAAGCUAAACUCAAAAGGACACAGGUUCAGCAUUCAUUUCCAAGACUUGAUCUCUUAGAUCCUGAUAUAUUUGAUUACCAUUUGACUGAUGCUUUGUUGUCUGGAAUAGAAUGUGAACCAUCCAAAAGUAAACAUACAGGUAGGAGUAGUGGAGCACAGUUUGACAGAAAAGAACAAUUUAGUGAAAGAUCAAGGCGUCUUUCUCCAAUAUCUGGAAGCCGUACUUAUGCGGAGAAUCUUUCCCCCCAUGAUGGUCGAAGAAGGCAUGAAGAACAAGUUUCUGCCAAAGGUGUCCGAGAAGAGCAAAGAUCUCCAUUCAGUGAGCGUUUUGCACUUAAGAGACCUAGAUAUGAAGAUUCAGAUAAAACAUUUGCAGACAGCCCAGCAUCAAGAUAUUCAAGCCUCGAUACAACAAAUCAGAGACUCACAGCAUUAGCUGAAGAUAGACCAUUAUUUGAUGGACCUUCUAGGCCAUCUGUAGCAAGGGGAGAUGGCCCAACUAAAAUGAUUUUUGAAGGACCUAAUAAGCCAAACCCUAGAAUUGAUGGACCUCCAACACCAGCUUCUCUUCGGUUUGAAGGGUCACCAGGACAAAUAGGGGGAGGGGGGCCCAUGAGGUUUGAAGGACCACAAGGUCAGCUAGGAGGUGGGUGUCCUUUGAGAUUUGAAGGUCCUCAAGGACCAGGAGGGACUCCUCUGAGGUUUGAAGGGCCUCUUGGACAGGCAGGAGGAGGUGGCUUAAGAUUUGAAGGAGCUGCUGGUUUGCGGUUUGAGGGUCCCACAGGUGGUUUGAGGUUUGAAGGCCCAGCUGGCCAGAAUGUGGGUGGACUUAGGUAUGAAGGUCCCCGUGGUCAGCCUGUGGGUGGUCUUAGAUUUGAGGGACCUCAUGGUCAGCCUGUAGGUGCUCUAAGGUUUGAGAAUCCUCGAGGUCAGCCUGUAGGUGGACUCAGAUUUGAGGGGAGCCAUGGUGCAUCAGGAAGUGGAAUUAGGUUUGAGGGACCCCAUGGUCAGCCAGGUGGUGGAAUCAGAUUUGAAGGCCCUUUGCUCCAGCAAGGUGGUGGUAUGAGAUUUGAGGGACCCCAUGGCCAGUCAGUGGCAGGUCUAAGAUUUGAAGGACAACAUAAUCAGCUUGGUGGAAACCUUCGAUUUGAAGGACCACAUGGUCAGCCAGGGGUUGGGGUCAGAUUUGAAGGACCCUUAGUCCAACAGGGAAGUGGAAUGAGAUUUGAGGGUCCUUCUGUACAAGGAGGUAGUAUGAGAUUUGAAGGACCAUUAGGUCAAGGUGGUCCAAGAUUUGAGGGGUGUCAUGCUUCAAGAUUUGAUGGUCAGCCAGGUCAACCAUCUCUCUUGCCAAGAUUUGAUGGCUUGCAUGGUCAGCCUGGUCCUAGGUUUGAAAGAACUCCUGGUCAACAGGGCCCACAAAGGUUUGAUGGGCCACCUGGUCAGCAGGUACAACCAAGAUUUGAUACAGGGCCUCAGAGAUUUGAUGGCCCACAACACCAGCAAGCAUCAAGAUUUGAUAUUCCUCUUGGUCUUCAAGGUGCAAGGUUUGACAAUCAUCCUUCACAGAGACUUGAUGCAGUCUCUUUUAGUCAGACUGGCCCAUAUAAUGACCCUCCUAACAGUGCGUUUAAUGCGCCAUCGCAAGGAAUACAGUUCCAAAGACAUGAGCAAAUGUUUGAUACACCUCAGGGACCAAAUUUUAAUGGACCACAUGGCCCUGGAGCGCAAAAUUUCUCGAAUCCACUUAACAGAGCAUCUGGACAUUAUUUUGAUGAAAAGAAUCUUCAGGGUCCUCAGUUUGGAAACUUUAGUAAUCUGCCCACGCCAAUUGCAGUUGGGAAUAUUCAGCCAUCUCAGCAGCCUGUAGCUUUUGGACAAGGACAGCAGUUUUUACCAGUUCAUCCACAAAAUCCUGGUACUUUUGUUCAGAAUCCAGCAGGUGCUCUUCCAAGAGCAUAUCCUGAUAAUCAUCUCAGCCAGGUUGAUGUGAAUGAACUCUUCUCAAAACUGCUAAAAACAGGAAUACUUAAAUUAUCCCAACCUGAUUCAGCAACAACUCAAGUAAAUGAAGUUGCAACACAGCCUCCUCCUGAGGAAGAAGAAGAAGAUCAAAGUGAAGAUCAAGAUGUUCCUGACCUCACUAAUUUCACAGUUGAAGAAUUGAAACAGCGUUAUGAUAGUGUUAUAAAUCGCCUGUAUACUGGUAUCCAGUGUUAUUCUUGUGGAAUGAGGUUUACAACAUCACAGACUGAUGUCUAUGCAGACCACUUGGACUGGCAUUACCGACAAAAUAGAACUGAAAAGGAUGUUAGCAGAAAAGUUACACAUAGGAGGUGGUACUAUAGUCUAACGGACUGGAUAGAAUUUGAGGAAAUAGCUGAUUUGGAGGAACGUGCAAAGAGCCAGUUUUUUGAAAAAGUACAUGAAGAGGUUGUGUUGAAAACUCAAGAAGCUGCUAAAGAAAAGGAGUUUCAGAGCGUCCCUGCUGGACCAGCUGGGGCAGUUGAGAGCUGUGAAAUAUGUCAGGAACAAUUUGAACAAUACUGGGAUGAAGAGGAAGAGGAAUGGCAUUUAAAAAAUGCCAUCCGAGUAGAUGGAAAGAUUUACCAUCCAUCAUGUUAUGAAGAUUAUCAAAAUACAUCUUCAUUUGAUUGUACACCAUCUCCCAGCAAGACACCUGUUGAAAAUCCCUUGAAUAUUAUGUUGAACAUUGUCAAAAAAGAAUUGCAGGAACCUUGUGACAGUUCCAAAGUUAAAGAAGAACCAGUUGAUAUCACACCAGCUUGUACAGAUGACAGCAUAGAUACACCUACUGAAAUUAAAACAGAACCUGAUACAGUUGAGUCAGUUUAAAUAAAAUGAGAGGUAUGUUUUUCUUUAAAAAAAAAAAAAAAGGAGCUGCUGUGUUAUAGUUGAAUCUAGAAGGUGGAGAAUUUUUAUAUAUGUGUAUAUAUAUCUAUAUAUAUAUAUAAGUAUAUAUAUAAAUUACUUAGCUGAGGCAGGGUCCUUAGCUAUCAUUUGGUUAAUAAAUACAUUUUAGUAUUUGCAUUUCCUACUGCCUGCACAGUUUCAGGUGCUCGUUGUGUGAAAGUUCUGUAGAUGCGUGCAAAUUUAACAAAAUGAAAUUGUAUGUGUAAAAUAUGUACAAUUUUCACUUGUGGAACUGUAAAUUAUAAAUAAAAAUAUUUUUGCUA